CAGUGGACUUGGGCGUUGUACUCCGCAUCUCAUUUGCGGCGGGGCCAAUUUCUCCAUUUACAAACUCCGCUCGAGAAAAAAUUGAAAGAAUUCGCGUUUCUUUUGCAUCUUUGCCACAUUUCUGCAAGUUCCCACACGUCGCUUUGCGGUCAUUUCGAUUUCGGGCUGAUUCAUCGGCUUCGGUCGGAGAAGUAGGUGUCGGUGCUUUGACUUGAAUUUUUGGGGAGGAAGCUUGCGGUCUUUGUUCAUUCAUUUGAUCGGUUGGGUUUCCUUUGUUGCACCAAAAGCAUGGGAGCACAAACCUCCAAAACCGCUGGAAAAGAGGAAGCCGCUGUGGAAAAGCCGGCAGAAGGAGCAGCUGUUGCAGCAAAGACAAACGGACAGGAGAAUGGCCACGCCAAGACCAAUGGGGAUACCUCUCCAGCUGCAGAGGAGGCCAACAAAGCUGAUGUGCAGGCCAACGGCAGCACUCCUACUGAGGAGGCACCCAAAGAAGAAGGUGAGAAAGUAGAGGUUGCUGAAGCUAACGGCGAGAAGGAGCCUGCCGCUACAAACGGAGAGGCUUCCGCAAAGCCCGAGGAAGGCACUCCAUCCACCAGCGACGAUGGAAAGCAAAAGAAGAAGCGUUUCUCCUUCAAGAAACCCUCCUUCAAGCUAAGCGGCUUCGCAUUUAAGAAGACCAAGAAAGAGUCUGAGGAGGCUGUCGAGGAAGGAGCCGCCGAACCAGCUGAGGGAGAGAAGGCGGCGGCAGAGGAAGCAGCCGCUGAGGAGGCCAAACCUGCUGAGGAGGGAGCCAAGGAGGCUGAAGCUGAGAAGCCAAAGGCUGAAGAGGAGGAGGAGGAGGUGAAGGCAGAGGAACCAGCAGCAGCAGGCGAGGAGAAACCAGCCGAGGCUUCACCUACUGAAUCCGAGACGGAAGCCAGUCCAGAGGCUACAGCCACCGCUGAGUAAUCCUGCUGAACCAGACACCGGAAUGAAGGAGGCGCCCGUCUGAAGGAAUGCGAGGACUUGUCUAAAACCAGGGAUUGUUUUUUUUGUUUUUUUUUUUUGUUUGUUUUUUUUGGUGUUUGUUUACUAUUCUGCAACCAUCUCAUCCAUAAUGACUGCAAGAUCCUUGGCAGUGAUGGACAGGAGGUGUACUGGAGAGUGUGCUGCUUCCUCACUGCCCAUUGGUGCUUGCAUGUGUGACAUUGGCUGAGUGUGAAGGUGUGAAUGCGAGUGUGAAUGGUGUGUUUUUUUUGUUUUGUUUUUUUUUCUUUUCUACAUGAAACCAUGACUGUGUUGACACGUUGCUGAAUUUGACAUAUUUUAUCAAGGUAUUUGGUGCUGGGCAUUUGGAUGUAGCAGCUAAAGCUGUGUCUGCAAGAUUUGGCACAUUGUGGUAUUUAAAGGGAAAGUCCUAAACCAAGUCGUUAAUGUUGUCUUUGCAGUGCACAGUUGUUUACAACUCUUAAACUCAAUGCUCCUGUGGACUCAACCAUUCCUGAAUGAAGUAGAUUUAGUUAACUGUCAAAUCAGUAGGUGCUCAUCACUUCCCAUUAGAUUCCACCAUUUCAAAACUCUGUAGUAAUGCACGUUGUAUAGACUUUGAUAUUACUGGUUUUAUGACUGAGAUGUACCUAAAUGACUGAAGUUUUUAACAGAUUACCCAUUGUAAAUGAAGUUUUUCUUGUUUUUCACCAUUUGUAAGAUUGAAUAAAAUUGGGAGAUGUUUUAAGCAGA